AUGACCAGCGGCUACAUGGCUCCUGAGUAUAUGAAUCUUGGUCAGUUCUCCAUGGAAUCUGAUGUUUAUAGCUUUGGAGUCUUGGUUCUUGAGAUCAUUAGCGGCAAUACUAGUAGUAGAUUCUACAGGAUUGGUGAUACUGAUUGCAAUCUGGUCACAUAUGCUUGGAAGAUCUGGAGGAAAGGCAGCUAUGCGGCAGAAGAGUUUGUGGACCCGACUUUCGGUGAUAAUUAUCAAAUCGAACAAGUGACUCGAUGCAUUCAUAUUGCACUUUUAUGUGUUCAAGCCGAUCAUGCAGAUCGACCAAAAAUCUGUAAAAUCAACUCGAUGCUCACUUCUAGCAAAAUUAGUCUUCCAGCGCCACAUGAACCUGGGUUUUUGGUACCUAGUCGAAGGGCUUGA